UGCACGAUUAUUGGUAAAAAAUGGCAGGUAUAUCCAUACCACCGCGCCUGCAGCGAGUUAUAAAAGCAGUGUAAGUCUAGAGAAGAUAUAUCCCGGAAGCGGACUUGAUAUGACGAGGAGUAUACAGCCUCCAAAGAGUGAAGGCAUCAAUUUUUCGGGCUACAUUCCUGUCGAACAGCUGCAAGUGUCUUACUCCCGCAGUAGUGGGCCUGGGGGGCAAAAUGUCAACAAAGUCAACACCAAAGUCGACCUGCGUUUCCACGUUGCGACCGCAGAAUGGCUCACUCAAGAAUUAAAAGAAAAAAUUGCUGAAAAAUACAAGAGCAGCAUAACAAGUGAUGGUUGCUUAUUAAUCCGCUCCGACAAAACACGGUCGCAGCAGCUCAACCUCGCCGAUGCCCUGGACAAGCUGCGGCAUAUGAUCCACACAGCUGCCUAUGUACCUCCACCUCCCUCUUCUGAGGCUGUGGAACGACAGAGAAGAAGACAUGAAGCUGCAGUACGUGAGCGUUUGAGGAAUAAGAGAGACCGAUCGCUGGUGAAGCAGAGCAGAAGAGGACCAGAAUCUGAAUUUUAAAGUACAUGGAUGUAUUGCUUUAUAAAAAAGUGACACUUCAUGAACAGUUGUACUCUUCUUGGGAGAAAAUCAGACCACAUAAUACUGUAGAUCUUGCUAAACAAUAUAUAAUACAGCUAUGGAGUUUAAAAAAUAAUAAUGUUUAUUUCUUUUUUUGGUCUUUUUGAGAUAAUCAAUAAAAAAAUUAGCUGUGACUUUUUUUGAGAUCAGUAUGCAGACAAACAAUGUAUGGACUUCCUGCAGACAUUUGUAUAUACUAUAUAAUAUUAUAUUGAUUGUAAAAUAAAAUGGAAAGUUAUGUUAA